GCCCAAUCAGAUUGACCUGACCCGGCGCCAAUUCCUUAACUCCAAAGGUCAAGGACACGCAUGAAGCCAACGCCACGAAAUUUGAUUCCUUUCUCUAAAAUCACUGCAUAGAUUGAUUCUAGGGUUUCUACUCGGCUUUCCUCUUCUGCAAUUAGAUCGCCAAAGCCCACUUUACGCAUUUGGCUCGCGGCUAUGUCGAAGCCCAGGGUCACCAUCACCCUCGGUCGCUCUGGUCAGGUUGUGGAGAGGGGAGGGACAUCAGACUCUGUAAACAUGCGUGGCGAAAGAGGUAUGGUUUCGGGAGGUAAACGAUCAAUGAGAGACAGGCUUGGGAGUAAUGCUCAUGGAAAGCGGCAACGAGGAGAUGGAAAUGGAAUAAAAUGGAGAGGGGGUGACAAUACAUUACAUGAUUCACGAAUCAGUCGAAAUGACCUCAGAUUGAAACUGUUGCGCAAAAGAUCAUUUAAGCAAAAUGGGGGAGUUGUUGCAGAACGCAAGCAGAUGGUCCCGCGCCCAAAGCUUUCAAAACCUGCUCAUUCUGCAGUGAGGUAUCAGAUGCCACCGCACAAGUCAGAAACAAAUGAGAGUAGCUUCCUGAGGCAAAUUCCUUCCAGGGAAACUGCAGCUGAUUUGUAUCAUGUAAAUCCACAGAGGAGCUUCAACUCUUCUCAAAGUAGAGAAGGAUUCCGAGCUAGAUCCCCCAAUAACUUUGUGAACACUUCUUAUGGGCCAUCACCUCAAAGAAACUUUGGUGAGCUGCAGUCAGCAUCAUCCUUCAGGGCAGCUGACGCUCCUAGAGCUGGCCAGUUCCUGAGAAAUGGUAUGGUUGGUUCGUCUCAGCCAACAGAUUCCUUCCUUUUCAGAACAAAAUCCAACCCUCAAACUGCCAAGCCAGUUGGACAGCUUGUGCCAACAAAUUACAGCAUGCAAAAAGUCCCUUAUAUGGGGGAGGAACCUCUAAGUGUUGCUAGUUUAUUGCAUAGACUUGGUUUGGGCAAAUAUGCUAUUAUUUUCCAGGCUGAAGAAGUGGACAUGGGUGCUCUGAAGCAGAUGGGGGAUAAGGACCUUAAAGAGCUGGGUAUACCAAUGGGGCCAAGGAAAAAGAUUCUUCUUGCACUUUUGGCCCGCGGUAAACGACCGCCACCACCGUAAUUUUUACUUUGAAUGCUGCAAUGUGUAAACAGCGUUUCUCAUGUGAGAGAUUCUCACAUGUUGUAUCAGAGAUGUUGAGUGUAAGGUUGAUGUUUGAGUAGGGGUUGUUCAGUUGAAUAAUUUCCUCCAUAGGUAUUGCUGGUUUGAACAUGUUUAGUAUACCAUUUGUUUUACAUAUAGAAGCGGGACAUGAGCAAAUGUAUGUAUUUACAUCUAGUGUUCAACAUGCUAAUUGAUUAUUUUGUAUA